AAACGUUACAGUACAUACAUCAUUAUCGGGAAAUAUAUUAUCCUCGGAAAAGCGCAUGUGCCGUACAAGCGAAAACCGACGCAUGAAAAAUAUAUCGGUCAAUUCGUAUAACCCCCCAGUCAGUGGAGGAUCUUCAUGUAUUUGUUUGGCAGUUUGUAUCAGUGUAUAAGUGUAUACCAGCAGUGAUUUAUUGAAGUUUUCAUUCAUUCAGAAAAUUUGGAAUCGUGUAAUGAAUUUGAUUAAAAAUCCGAUCCGUUCAUUGUUUCCCAUUUUGUUUCAUUUUUAUUGUGAUGAAAAUUCAAUCAUAAAUUUGUGUAUGCCAGAAUUAAGUUGAAUUAAAAUCGUUUUAUCAUUUGUGUUUGUUGGAAUUGGAAUAGAAUUGGGUUUUUGUUGGGGGAAAAAUAUUUUUCGUGAAUGUUAAAAAAAAGUUUCUUUUUUGUACAUCAAAGCCCCGAAGUUAAAUGUGCGGAUAGAAGAGAAAAGUGUAAUUUCGAAUUGAAUUUUCGUUUCCAUCGGUAAUAUGAAAAUCGUUGCUGCCACAUUCGACAUUUUCAUGGAAAAAACAUUUUUCAUGGAAUUGAACUGCAUACACGGCAAAGUAUGUAGUUAAAUGGGAAUUGAAACCGAACGAAAAAAUUAUUAUGAAAAUGUAAGGCCUCCGCUUUCCUGAUUUUUUUUGGUAAGGCGUUGGCACACACAGUUUAAAGACAAAUAAAAUAUUAGUUUGAAUGAUAUCGUCUACGGCAAAUUUGAUUCCUCGACCGAAGAAUCUCAUUACAGACGAGGAACAACAACAGGAUGAAAUAUCUGGAGAGAAAACUCGAAACAAUAGCAGUGGACGAUCGGCAGCCCUCGAACGAGCCUACGUCCACGACGUUUAUGAGAAUUGUGUAGAGCCAACCGGAUCGAUUCGACCGAAAGUUGCCCAAUUCCUAGCGGCCUUAGAGCCCUCAUCACUGGUUUGCGAUGUGGGUUGCGGCAAUGGUCGAUAUUUGAACAGUUGUAAUCCGCUAAUUUAUACACUCGGCAUAGAUCGAUGUUAUCGAUUGGCCAAACUGACGAAAUCGAAAGGUGGAGAGGUGGCGUUAUGUGACAAUUUAGAAUUGCCAUUUCGCGAUGAGACGUUCGAUGCGGUCCUAUCUGUCGCUGUUGUACAUCAUUUUGCGACGACUGAAAGACGAGUCGGAGCUAUACGAGAACUCGCUAGAAUACUUCGAAUCGGUGGACGUGUUAUAAUUACAGUGUGGGCAUUGGAACAGAAACAACGACGUUUCGAGUCACAAGAUGUACUCAUUCCGUGGCAACCACCGAAAAGCAGAAGUACCAAUAUUUCGGAUGAUGAAGACGAAGAAGACUAUCUUCCGCCAUACCAUGCAUACACUGAAGACUCGACCAACUCAAGUCGUUCGGCUGGAGAUGGAGACAGUUCUAGCUUAUCGUCUUCGCCUGGGGAAUCGUGCUACAGUUUUGUUCGACGUGCCAUACAGAAACUCGCUGGAGGAAAACGACAUCCGUGGUUCCUCGACUCUUGGAACUCAAAAGACACCAAAAAUGGAAGUAGUCUAGACUACGAAGACGCGAAAGAUUUACCGAUAGAAUUGCGUCGAUUGGAAGACUUUGAAGAUUUUCCAGAGCCCCCAUUAUCAGCGGGUCUGAAAAGUCGGAGUCUCGGCAGCAUAUUGAAUCCGCCACCACGUCAAAUAGUUCGUUCGCGUUCGAGCGUUCCAAGUUUGGGAGCACAAAUACCGGAAAAUAAGCCAGCACAACCAUCGAUCGACAAACGUCGACCCAAACUUGUUAAGCAGAAACAAUCAAUUUACGAUGAGGCGUUCGUCCUGCCGGAAGAGAACUUCACUGAUGAAGCCAAACCCUAUUUGCGUAAACAGAGUUCGUUGAAUGAAGAGUUAAUGGCCGAAAAUCGUAUUCGUGAGAAGGAACGGGUACGAAAACGCAUCCAGAAGCAAAUAUCACUCAACGAAGCCUUUUUGUGCCGUUCAGUAUUUACGAAGAGAUUGCAAGUGAUCCGAGAGGGCUUCACAUCCAAAUUAAAAACAUCGACGGGAAGUUUGGAAAGAGUUACGAAAAGUUCGUUGGAAAAGAUCAUGCAGAACUUUAAAACUAGCCAAGAAAGCACUGAAACCGCAGUAUUAAAAGAUUCCACACAGACGGGAUCGUCGCCGAAUGUUCCAAUCAGCGGUACAAUUAAGUAUGGAAAUAACAAUGAGAAAGAACCGAAGACACGGCGACAUUCCAGAGAGAGUGGAUCAGAUUCAUCGAAGGAAAACAGCUUGACCAGUGACACCAGCAUCGAUGAGGACAGUUUUGCAUCUGUGAUUUUUGUUGGCAACAACAAACCAGAACAGCAACCGAACAAUGAACCAACAAAUAAUAUAAGAACGCCAUCAGUGCCAACAUCCCCACUAACCAUGACCUGUCCGACACCAGCCCAUUCACCAGCUCCACUCAUAUGUAAAUUACAAACGAAAUCUUCAGUGGACGAAGCACCGACUCGUUUCCCAUUCGAUCAAGCGCACAUCCACCAGUCUGACGACUCAAGCAAAAACUUUUUAAAUCAAAAACUAUCGCCAAAAUUCCAACGAAUCACCAAACAGAUCGUUAACAAUUUGCCACAAAUUCCAAAAUUCAAGCGAACAAUGAAAUUUCCGAUGGUACGACGCACAAACGAAGCCAGCCCAGCCGUGCCGAAAUUGGCGAUUCCGAUUGAAAUUUUCAAUCCAGAAACGGACGAUUUAGAUAGUGAUUCCAGUGAACCAUCGUCACCGGACUCCAUAGAUAGUGUGAUCAGUGUACCGAAGCUGAUCAAACCGAAUGACAAUGAUUCGCAAUCGGUAAACAGUUCGGACAAUGUUGAGGUGACGAAGUCACCGACGGAAACGGCGACCGAGCCGGAAUCGAAUGGCAAAACGAAUGGGGACGCGCAUGAUGUUAAUUUUGUGAAUAGGCAACAUUUAGUGGAUUUUGCGGAAAAGCUCAGUGCUCAAUUGCUGAAGGAAUUGGACGGCGAGGCUAACAUAGUUGACGAAGACAUUGAUCAAAGUAUAAGUGAUAUUAUUAACGAUAAACAAUCAAUUUUUAACUUAGAUGAUCCGUACAUUAAAAAGCUCAAUGGUGAAAUGAAAGACUUAAAUUCAUUGCGCGAAGAGCUUCGGGAGCGUCGUUUAAUGUUAGCUAACUUAAAUAUGCAUCAAUACCAAAAUAAUUCGACCAGUUCAACCAUCAAGGAGGAGGACGAAUUAUCACCGAAAAACGAACCGGAAUCGGAUGAACACAGGGUAAUAUCCAAUUAUGAUAUGGCAUUGUUAAUCGAAGAAGAUACGGAAAAUGAAAACGAUGACGAUGAUACGAAAUGCGAUGGACCAAAGACGAAUGGUAACGUCAAAGACGACGUCAAUUCGUCGGAUGAUCAUGACGAUGAUGACCAAAAGUUCUGUCAAGACGAUAUUGCUUCAAUUAUUAAUAGUAACGAUAAUCUAAAUGUUAGUUUAAGUAGCCAGCAAAGUUUGAACAUUAGCAAUGCUAGCAGCAAUGCGCCCGGACUAUCGAAUUGUAAACGGAAACGGUCGCAACAACGAUCGUCCGAAUCGAAAGAUUCGUGGCCACAUUCGAAUAGCACAGCAUCGUUGGACAGUCCAUCCGUUGGUGGUUCAUCCACACACCAUCGAUAUUAUCAUGUGUUUCGGGAGGGUGAAUUAGAUGCGCUGGUGGAACAUGUAGCCAGUUUGCAUAUUGUAUCGUCGUAUUAUGAACGAGCGUCGUGGUGUGUCGUAGCCGAGAAAGUGCAAGUUUGGACAAUUUAGAAAAAUUAUGUGAUGAGUUGAUCAGCGGGAGUUCAUCAACAGAACAGAACACAGCCGACACGUUGGCAAAAUAGAGAAUUUGAGAGCGUAAUGUUGAAAAUCGUUUACAAUUAGAGAAAUAGGUUGAUAAGAUGUGCGCCGGAAGAGUUAACCGGUUUUAAAACGGUACAAAACCACACGGUUAAUUUAUAUAUAGUUUACACAUAAGUCGAAAGCUCUUGAAAGCUUUACGCUGGACAAAAGCUUGGUUGAUGAAUUUCACAAAAUAAAACUAAAAAUGAAAGAAAAAGAACUGCCUCUCGCUUUAAGCUAAACAAUUCAUUUCAUCGAAGUAAAUAACGAUUUUGUGUGAAAAAUGGUUUACACGUUUGUAUACUUUUUAUGUAAAGUGUCGUGCAGUUGAUGUAUACAAUUUUUUCAAUUUUUUCACGUGUGAUGUAUAGUCGUUUUUUUAAUGUGAACAGUUUUGGUUUUGCUAGCUGUUUUCUUACGACUAAUCGUAUUUGAUGUUCGUAUACCACACA